CUUUCUCGGGGGCGUGGCCUCCUAGCCAGCGGCCGGGCUCAGAUCCAGCGGCCAAUGCCUCCGGUCCCACAGAGGCACCUACAGAAAACUGAAGGCUUGACAGAUCCCGAGGAGCAGGGCCCAUGGACACCUUCAGCACAAAGAGCCUGGCCCUGCAGGCCCAGAAGAAAGUUCUCAGCAAGAUGGCUUCCAAGGCUAUGGUGGCUGUGUUUGUGGACAACACCAGCAGUGAGGUCUUGGAUGAACUGUACCAGGCCACUAAGGAGUUCACCCGCAGCCGGAAGGAGGCACAGAGGGUGAUGAAGAACCUGGUGAAGGUGGCCGUGAAACUGGCCGUGCUGCUGCGGGCGGACCAGCUGGACAGCAGUGAGCUGGCCCAGCUGCAGCGGUUCCGGGGCCGCGUCCGCAGCCUGGCCAUGACAGCCCUCAGCUUCCACCAGGUAGACUUCACCUUUGACCGGCGUGUGCUGGCCACUGGGCUGCUGGAGUGCAGGGACCUGUUGCACCAGGCUGUUGGCCCGCACCUCACUGCCAAGUCCCACGGCCGCAUCAAUCACAUCUUCAGUCACUUUGCCAAUGGUGACUUCCUGGCUGCGCUGUACAGCCCAGCAGAGCCCUACCGGAGCCAUCUGUGCCGCAUCUGCGAUGGCCUUGGGAGAAUGUUGGACGAGGGUGGCAUCUGACCUGGAGUCUGCCACCUGGAGACUAUCCUCCACUGGUGACGGUCCCCAAGAACACAGAAUUGCCUGUGCCUGAGGUAGUCCCUCCUCUGUCUCUCCUGCUGUAACUUACCUGCUUUUGUCUAGCUUCUGCUUCCUCUCCCCACCUCCUCUUCUUACUUCUGAGACAGGUCUCAUGUAGCCCAGGCUGACCCCAAACACCCUAUGUAGCCAAGGCUGACCUUGACCUCCUGAGCCUCCUGCCCCCACCUCCGAGAGUGCUGGAUGAUUGGUGUGUGCCAACGCCCCACUGUCUGGGCAUUCUCAGGCUUUCAGAUAAGGUUGUGGAGAAUUGGGAGGCCAAGACUUGUCCUCCCCUGACCCUUACCCCUGCCAAAUGACUAUGUUUGUUUCCUAAGCCUCAGGUCCUCCCAAGGUGACUUGCUUUAGAAAAUGGAGUUCAAACUCUUGUUGUACCAGACUAGAGUUGAAUAAGUACUGGACAGCUACAACAGGUCCUUAUAUGUAGGUUGACCCAGGAAGGCUCACUCUGCCAAUGCUGCAGGACACUGAGCACUGAGGAGUGAUGCUACUACAAACCAAGAACACCAGCAGACAGAUGCUGGGCAGCGGACCAUGGCUUCUCUCAACCGUUUGGAAAGGAGAGACUCCAGGCACACUUCGGUGUUGGGAUAUGAGGUCCUGUUAGGGGACUGGACCCUGGCAUUGAAGAGAAGAAAUAAAUAGAGCCGGUGAGAUGGCUCAGCAUGUAGGAAUGCUUGCCAACAAGCCUGAUGUCUGGAGUUUCCCAAAAUCUGUGUGGUGGAUGGAGACAACCAGUCUUAGAAAGCAGGCCUCUGACUGCCACAUGGACACACCCACACAGAACCACACCACGGCUUCCGGUGCUUGGAAACAUGGCAGGGUACUGACCAUUUCCGCUAAUUGGGCGGAAAUGUGGGGUCUUCACUGAGCGAUAGUACAGGACUUUCUGUGAAACAUGGGGACCCCAGAGGCUGUCCCCAGCUUCAGGCCAGGGUAAAGCCACUGGAGACACGAGUAUGUGUUACAUUAUAAUCCCAUAUUUGGGAAACAAAUCCAUCUUUUCUCUUUGAAUGGUAGCCUGAGUUUGUAACUGAUACUGACUGCGCAUGUGAAAGCCUGCAGCCUCUACUGAGUGUGCCUGUGGUCGUGUGAGACACCAUAACUGGCUUAACCCAGUUGGUACUUUCCUUGGAAAGCAGGCUUCAGCUACACAGGUGCCUAGCUGAGGUGUGGCUUAGUUCUCUAGAAUCCUCCCCCCCACCCCCCCACCCCACCCCCCGCGAGGGCUUGUGGGCGUGGUCGGGGGUGGAGCCCAGCCUAGAGUCCUCCAGUGAGGGUUGGGUGCGUGGCCAUUGGUAGAUCUACCUAGAAUCCCCCAGUGAGGGGUCAGGAGCUUGGCUCAGGGGUAGCAUGCAUGUCGUGGGGACGACCCCUGAGCCCUGUGAAGAUCGUGUCUGUGGAGGCGCUGGCACAACGGUUACGCAGUGCUGCUGUUGGGAAGGCUAUCUGAGGCAUUGGGAGAGGACACAGACCGUGCAGAGCUGAGUGAAUUUAGGGCAGUGUGUACAACCUGGAGCCUGUGGGGCCGGGCGGGAGUCACCGCCCCAGUGUUUCAGUGUAUGCAGACAGAUGCAAGUACAAAGA